ACACAAGCGCCACCUUCGUUUCGUUUCGGUGUCUGCUUCCAGCGAACACCCCAAAAGCUUCGGAACUGUGUCAACAAAAAACUUUCUCCUACUUGAACACAAAACACCUAGCAAAAUGUGCUGCUGGUCAGCAUAUUUCAACCAGCGCGAUGAUGAGGAUGACGAUGAUGGUUAUUGACCGGUCGUUGCGAAGGGUCGUCUGAUCGUUCAGUUUCGUUUUCGAUCGCAGUGUCGUCGGAUGUUGUAUUGUAAAUCGCGCUUGAUCAGUUAAAGGUGCCACUUUCAAGAUGUCGUUCCCGUACAGUAUAAAUUUUGUGGAGCCCAAACAGAACGAGCAGUUGCUGAAAGAUUUUCAUGGAGAACGUACCGGAUUUGUUCAAGUUGGAGAAAAGCGUUGGUUUUUCCCGUCCCGUUUCAAACAGUACGCCGAAAGUUUGUACUCGUUCGAGGCGCGAUCGGACGAUACGUGGAUCGUCACCUAUCCACGAUCGGGCACAACGUGGACACAGGAGAUGGUUUGGUUGAUAUGCAACGAACUUGACUUUGAAACCGCCAAAAACAUACCGUUGACGCAGAGAUUUCCCUUUCUGGAAUUUCAUUUGUUUCUGCAUGAUGAAAUGAAGGCAAAAUUGUUGAAGGAAAACGAACACGACAUUGAACAUAUGAAGUUCAUUGAACAGAUAUCUCAACCCGUCGGGCUUAUGCUGUCGGAAAUGAAGACUCCUCGGUACAUUAAAACUCAUCUGCCCAUAUCGCUACUACCUCCGAGCGUGUUUGAGAAGAAGGCCAAGAUCAUUUAUGUCGCACGGAACCCUUCCGAUGUGGCUGUGUCCUACUACCAUCUCAAUCGUUUGUAUCGGACUCAGGGAUAUGUGAAUGAUUUUGAAACAUUUUACAACUAUUUUGAGAAGGAUUUGACUGCCUGGUCACCGUACUGGACCCACAUCAAGGAAGGCUGGGCUGAGAAGGAUCGUGAAAACGUUCUCUUUAUGUACUACGAAGACAUGAAGCGUAAUCUGCCUGCCACCGUCCGUAAGACGGCCGCCUUUCUGGGCAAAAGUUUCACCGAUCAGCAAAUCGAAACCAUGUGUACACAUCUGGACAUUCGGAACUUCCGCAACAACAAAUCGGUCACGUGUGAGGAGCUCAAAACCGUUGGCAUCUUGAACAGUGGCGAACAGGGAUUCGUUCGCAAUGGACAGGUGCGUGCCAAUGCGGAGGAGAUGACGGAGGAUAUCAAACGACGGAUUGGCGAAUGGAUGGAGCAGAAUUUGAACGGAACCGAUAUAAAGUUCCCGGACUGUUAGCGCUGGUUGUGAACUCUCUAGACAGAUCAUCUAAACUUGAUCGAGAAGCAAAGAGCUCUAAUAAUUUUUUUAUGUUUUGAGUACUUUGUUUGUUUAGUAAAUGUAAUUCUUUUUAAUUUCACGAUUGAUGACAAUCAAUUGAAUUGAGAGGAUUCACGAAAUCGUGGAAAAUGCAACCUGUUUUUCAAUUUGCGAGAGGGAAAGCAUUUCUAAUGCAUAUUUUAUGGAGCUUUUUGGUUGGGAAAUUUAAAUACCGGUUUAGUGGCGUUUACACAUACGAGGCUAAAUCGAAAAGUAACUUCACAAACACGAAAUGUCUUCAUAAAGUGAAAUUAUUAUAACUUUUUGCUAUAUUUUAUUUACUUUUAUGAACCUUGUAUAACCGUAAAAACAACCUCCAAGCAGAUUAAAUAUGUAUUAAAAUUAAAAAAAAUUAAAAUCGUUUCAUGUCUCGCGCAACUAAAGAAAGGGAGGUCCAAUCUCGCUUAUGGCCUCGCACCGUGUAAAUGCACCUUAUGACCAGGAGCCUGAUUUGGACCAAUCAGAAAUCGCCAAAUAUUCUUGAAAGCACCACGUAAGGAGAUCAUCCCAUACGAAGCACUGCAAUAGCACAGACUACUGUGACGUCAUGUGCUU